GUAGCGGUGCCGCCCGCGCCGCGCCGCGCUCCCGCACACGACAACUUUACAAACGGACACGCGAAACUGUUUUCUUUUUAAAUUAACUUUUAUCUCGGCGCCGGCAGUAGCCGUGCAGUAGCGGCGGCGGCGGCCAGUGAGUGCCUGUGUCGGACACGCGGUGACAGUGAGUGUAGACAAAUGCCGAUUUCUAAACGUGUUAAACGUUCGGCCGCUAAUCACGCGCGCGUAACCGUGUUUCAAAAAUAAAACGUUGCCGAUUCGAAACCGGAGCACCUCGAAGGUUAAUGACAAAAUAAAAACCGUGCAUUAAAUUAUGUGUCUAAACGACGCCAACCUGGAUUCCACCCUUGUAUUGUUGACACCACAAACCAUCUAGCCGCUGAUGACUCCGAAUAAAAGCACGCGAACCAAUAGAUAAACAAAACAGUGCUCACAAUAAUGAAACGAAGAAAACAUGACACAAGUGAUAUCACAACUCAAGUUCAUAAAAAUACCAAAAAAGUUCCACCAACGUAAACGUAAGUAGAGGGACCCUACACUGCCAGACAAGUGCCUUACAACAACGAACGAUAAACUACGAACUAAGCUAAACCUGGUGCUCGAAACAAUAAUAGAGUAACAAAUAAUGCUAGUGAGAAGCGAACACAAAAAGAGACUCGAUCUAAAAGUACUAAAAUGUUAGACGUUUUCCGCGGGUUAAAGAAUCUUAUUAAAGUGAACUAUAUACACAUCGACUCGCCGGUAUUCAGACUGCACUAUUCGAUAACCGUGAUCCUGCUGAUCUCGUUCAGCCUGAUAGUGACGACGCGGCAGUACGUGGGCAACCCCAUCGACUGCAUCCACACGAAGGACAUCCCCGAGGACGUGCUCAACACGUACUGCUGGAUCCACUCCACCUACACGCUGAAGAGCUUCUUCAACAAGAAGGUGGGCGUGGAGGUGCCUUACCCCGGCAUCGGCAACAGCCGCGAGAAAGGCAAAGAAGAUAUGAGCGACAGGAAGAUCUACAAAUACUACCAAUGGGUGUGCUUCUGCCUAUUUUUUCAGGCAAUGCUGUUCUACGCGCCGCGCUGGCUGUGGAAGUCAUGGGAGGGCGGCAAGAUCCGCGCUCUGAUGAUGGACCUGGACGUCGGGGUCUGCACCGAGAUCGAGAAGAAGACCAAGAAGAAGCUAAUCCUGGACUACCUCUGGGAGAAUCUGCGGUACCACAACUGGUGGGCUUACCGGUACUAUCUGUGCGAGGGGCUCGCUCUUGUCAAUGUUAUAGGGCAAAUGUUCCUGAUGAACCGGUUCUUCGACGGCGAGUUCAUGACCUUCGGGCUGGACGUCAUAGCCUACAUGGAGUCCGACCAGGAGGACCGCGUCGACCCCAUGAUAUACAUAUUUCCCAGGAUGGUGAAAUGCACUCUGUUCAACAAGUUCGGGUCAUCUGGCGAGGUGGAGCGCCACGAUGCGCUGUGCAUCCUGCCACUGAACGUGGUCAACGAGAAGAUCUACGUCUUCCUUUGGUUCUGGUUCGUCAUCCUCGGCCUGCUCACCUUCGUCACGCUGCUCUACCGGCUCGUGAUCAUCUUCUCGCCGCGCAUGCGCGUCUACAUGAUGCGCAUGAGGUUCCGGCUCGUGCGCCGCGACAACGUCGACACCAUCGUGCGCCGCAGCAAGAUGGGCGACUGGUACUUGCUGUACAUCCUCGGCGAGAACCUAGACUCGGUGAUAUUCCGAGACAUCAUGCACGAGUUCGCCAACAAGCUGAAUCACAACUACCAGCACCACAUCCAUGGCGUGCCGGACGCGUGACCUCCGAUCCCCGGGUGGGUGUUCCACACGUGACUAACGUCUCUGCAGCGCGACAUGGACCCGCCCGUGUGAGCGACCUCGAGGUCGCAAACGGCGCCUGCUAGCGGAGCGGGCCCGGCGCGCUGCCUUGCGGCACACAGCCGCACUCGGACUAUACUAAAGUGUAUCAAGGACUCUUUAAUAGUAAAGAAUCUCUAAUCGAUACUUUGUAAUCGUAACAGUGCAAUUAAACACGCAAUAAUAGUUUGUACUUAAUCUUUAAGAUUGUGAUCUCAGGACGAAUCCUAUCGAAGGCCUUUUAGAAGUCAGUGACGGCUAUCCCAUUAGACUAGUGUUCAACUUUUAGAAGUAUUUUACUGAUAGUUUCGCUGCUCGUAGUGAUCUGUUCGUCGGAACCGCUUUCUCUUUUACUCUAGUUGUAAUCGAAUCUGAGCACAUGAGAGCACACAAUUUACUUUUUUACACGAUAAUCACUUGCUAAGGAUUUGACCGACCAAAUAAAUAAAUUAUAAAGCAAUAAUUAAAGGAUCCAAUAAAUAAAUUUAUAGUGUAGUAAGGUACUUAGUGCGAUCGCAGAUAUAAUGGCGACCGGAAUGUUCGAAGCAGACGGAGUGCGGAGUGCCGGGAACAGGAGUUUGGCGUCCACGUCGGGGAUCAGUCGAAACAAAGCAUUUGUGCGCCAAAAGACAUUUUCGAAUUAUAAAUUAGGUUCAAUCGAAAAAUCUAGAUAAAAAAUAAACGUUAAAAACUAUAUUCGAAUAAAUUGAUCAAGCGAAAGAUGACGAAAUUAUUCUUCCAAACGAAUUUGGCAUUGUUAAUACGUUCUGCAUGAUUUAUUUAUGGCAACCUGUAAGGGCAUUCAGUUUUAUGGCUGGAACUCUGGUCGUAAUUGGAGGGCGAACUUAUAAUUUGUUUGAGGAAUUUCAUCAGACUUGAUUAUUAUCACUGCCACGACGGGGUCGGUUCUUUAAGGCCACUGAAGAGACCAUUGUCUUUGGAAACGCCUUUAAAGAGUAAGGCCCAUAUUUUGUUGUUUUGUUAAUACUAUUAAUACAAGAUUUGUGGGGAUCUAACGGUUUACAUAGCUACAGGUUGUAAACCGUUGAUUCCCACAGAUUAAAAUGACAUUUGUCGCAAAAUGUACUGUAAUUCCAAAAUUUAUUGAUGUUGAGUUGUAACUUAGUUGCGCCAGAUUGGGUACCUCGUGCUAGACGGAGGACUUGUUGGGAAAGGCAUGGAGCUCACUGCCACAAAUGAUGACAGCCAGACAACUGAUAAUUCAUUCGAUCACCGUUGAUAAUAUAUUCUGUACACUUUCAAAAGAGAUAACCCACGUGCUAGAUAGGUCUUGGCGCCUAUAUUGUUCAUAACACGAAACGGAAUCUAUAUGUAUUUAGUGUAUAAGCAUUUUGUGAUUGACUUCCCAAAGGGUUCCUUAUGCUGCAGAAUUAUCCGAAUUAUGCUAUCGCAUGAAAGUGCCACUGAUUCUAAGAAAGAUAAAAUAUUUUGAUAAAAUCUCCCAAUGACUGUGGUUGUGUUCAUUGCAUUAAUAUUGAAGAUCAAUUUCAAAUAAAUUGUGGGAGAUUUUUUCACAUCUACUUACUUGUCAGCCAAUUUGUAUCAUUGUUUUCGACGGAAUGAAUUACUUAUAGGUUUUAUGGCAAUGGCUGUUAUCACCUGUGACAAAUUCCAUACAAAAACGUUCAAACCCCUUUGUUGUGUUCGUAUGGAUAUUAGUAGAUAAUAUUGUAAAAAGGUUGUUUGUCUCGUAAUGUUGUAAGAAGUAACAUUUUAGUCAUGUUGAUUUAACUUGUGAAGUUUAAAGUACUUUGAAAUUGAACAGUAAUUCCAGAUUUUAAACCUAAGUCCACAUUCACAUUAUUUUGCUUAGGACAAUAAAGGUUAUAUUGCAUUUAAUUCAUUGACACGUUUCGGCUUGGCCAAAAUAAAGUUGGUACUUUAACGGUUUUGUUUUGGUUUUCGAGUUUGGAGAAUUACAUACAUAUAUAAGAUCACGCCUAUUUCCCUUUGGGGUAGGCAGAGGCUACGGAAUCCCACUCAUUACAAUCCUGAUUGACCACAUUCGCUUCUUCCACUCUCAUGAAAGUCUUCAUACAAGCACACCAGUUUAUAGUACGGUCACGAGCAUUGAUAUAUAUACACUUUGGUACCAUGUCACAUUAACUUUUUUGACAAAUUGAACUGUAAGUCUCACUAAAUGUCAAAUAUGUUAGUGCGACAGAGUCUUGAAGUGGGUACAUUAUAUUGCUCAUGACUGUACCUACUCUUAAGCUGGCCGUACGCCUCAAAUCGAUAUCAAAGAAUACGAUUCAUGUUCUUAGGAAAUACAUGAAUUAAGGAAAGGUGCGUCAAGUGGAAAAAACAAGGAAAAUGCCCACAAAGGAUUAUAGCUUUGAAGGAAGCUACCGAUCAUCUUCGGCCUUUUCCAGACGAUUAAACGGAGUAUUUCUUGUUUUAGUUAUAAUAUUUAGGUAUCAUACGUACAGUCAUGAGUACAUACGUACCCAAUUAAGAACCCUGUCGCACUAUCAUAUUUGAGAUUUAAAAAGACUUACGGUGUAAUUUGUCAAAAAAGUUAAUGUGACAUGGUAUUAAAGUGAAUACAUAUUAGUACUUGUAAACGUACACCGUAAUAAUUCAUACCAUAAACAUACACCCAGAAACACACCCACCAUCCCCGUUAGGUCAGUUUCACUACCGACUUCUUGUCGAAUUUUCGACGUUUUACUCUUUCGCCCGAAAGAGUAGAUGUGUAUAGUACAGUCAUGAGCAAUAUAAUGUACUUACCCACUUUAGGACUCUGUCGCACUAACAUAUUUGACAUUUAGUGAGACUUACAGUUCAAUUUGUCAAAAAAUGUUAAUGUGACAUGGUACCAAAGUGUACAUUUAAUGCUCGUGACCGUACACAGGCCAACUACAUUUAAAUCCCAGCGUCGCUGACGUCGCUAACUGAAGUAUUUGAAAUUUUUGGCGAAUCUGAUUUGCAAGGUUGCUAUUGUCAAUAAGACACAAAUUAUUUUAGCGAAAAAUUGCAGAUACGUCGCUUUACAAAGUCAGCCACGCCAUGUAAUAGAGAACGAGCCUAUUGCCAUUAACCGGGCACAAAUCUUGUAAAACACGUUUGCUAUAUUUAUCGCAAAAGGAACAUCAGCUACAGGGUAAAGUUGGCAUAUUCAUUUUAUUAUUAUAUUAUAAAACCAAAUGCAUAUGUAGGUGAUUUUUCGUGUAUAUACACGAUUGUAAUCCCUAAUGGGUUGGGCAGAGCCACAGAUAACCUAAAUUACAUUGUAAGUACACGUAGCAUAAUUUUGGCCAAGUCACAAAUAGCAUUUCAAAUAUGAUUGUGAUAAGCAAAAUAAUGUUGACAAAGCUUAAUUAACUCCACGGCAAUUUCAGAUUCCUUAUUCAGCAUAAACUAUGUACUUAAAAUAAAGAGGACGACAGCAGUACAGUCAGUCUUGGUAAAACCACCGAAGUUGAAGAUGUUACGUGUAAAGACGGCGUUCCCCAAAAACACGAUAGAUGGCGUUGUUAAGUUUUUUCUUCGUUUAAACUUCUCAUUUCAUAGAUAACAGACAUGUGCGUAUUUUAUCUUUGUUUUUGGGUAUAAAUGAUGAUUGAUGACCCUUUUUAUUACACCAAGGUACAAUUACAACUUCCAUCCAUUAUUAUUCGAUCAAAAUUAAGAGAAGCAAUAUAGGUAGCAACAUCAUUCUAUACAUAAUGUGAUCCGAAUAACAAGCAACAAUUAGUUUUAUAUAUGCUUCUGCCAUUACAUUUUUGAAUAAUUAUAUACCCCAGCAAUGAGAAAAUAGGUAAUUAUCACGUUAAAGGUGAACAAAGCCAUCUAUCGUGUGUUUGGGGAACGUCGAUUGGAAAGUCCGUCAUUAGCGGCCGGCAUAUCAUAUUUUAUCAAGCCAUUCGCUGUAGCGGGAAUCGACGGUCGUGGACUCGUUGCCACAGCAUAAUUCAUAGAAAAAAAGUUGUGAUACAUCUUUAUACA